CUCCCACGCCGAAGUUCGCUUCUUUUUCUAACCGAGGCGGGCGCCGGUGCCAUUAGCAUCCGUAGCUUAGCAUGGAGGCUACGACAUGUUAAAGAGCAGUGACACAGCUUCUUAAUCUGUAAUGUUUUUGUUUUUUUUAAAAAUAAUGAUGCCAUAAAGCGUUUGCUUUGUGACUAAACGGCCGCUUUGCUUGUGUGUUUACCGGAAACGUCCUCGCACUGAAAGGCCUGAAAGGUUUCCAGUUGCGGUGCCAGAAUCGGACGCGGAGAAAGUAACCGUUUCUAAACUGAACCGGACUCAAUGAGGGAGCCCGAUCGGGAGGAGCAGCAGCAGCUUGACGACAACAUGCCCCCCAAGUUUAAGCGACAUCUCAACGAUGAUGAGGUCACGGGAUCAGUUCGCAGCGAGAGGAGGAACCUGCUGGAGGAAGACUCAGAUGAGGAAGAAGACUUUUUUCUGCGCGGCCCGACGGGACCCCGAUUGGGAGGCCCGAAUGAUAAAUUCAAACACGUGCAGUCGCAGGUGGACGAAGUGAUCGACGUGAUGCAGGAGAACAUCUCCAAGGUGAUCGAGAGGGGCGAGCGCCUCGACGACCUGCAGGACAAGUCGGAGAGCCUAUCGGACAACGCGUCCGCCUUCAGCAGCCGAGCCAAACAUCUGCACAGGAGGAUGUUAUGGCGGAACAUGAAGAUGAAGAUGAUCAUCGCUCUGGUCGUGGUGGGUCUCCUGCUCAUUAUCAUCGUUCCAGUGAUUCUGCGGUAUCGCUAGUGUCCGAGGAGGAGGAGGGCGACGGGGCCACCCUCCAUCCUUCCUCGGCAUCUCUUCCCACGGUCCUCCUAUCCAGUUGGGGGGGGCGGGCGCCGGACGACCCCCCCCUCCUCCUUCAGCGAUCAUCACUAAGGUUGGCCGCCUUCAUGCCUGCUUCGGAGUUUUAGAAAGCGUAGAGUCGGUCUAAUUGGACGCGUCUGUCUUCACGCCAAGUAGUACAGUUCAGUGUGUGACAUUAUCGUGUAACCUGCCAAUCUAUUUAACCAAGGAGAGGAAGACCAUACAGGAAACCACAAUGGAGGACAUUUGCUCUUCUUCUUCUUCUUCUUCAUACUCUUGACUACAAGAAGACUUUAGUGUCCAUCAUGGAAGUGACUGUUCUCUGUCCACCAAUCACUGGACUGGAAGUGUGUAUUGCCUCAAGUGGAUGAGUACCAACAACAAUGGAAGUCAAAAAGGGAAAGUGUGUGUACAGAACUGAAUCAAAACACUACAGCGCUUUUUUUCUUUUUCUUUUUGAAACUAUGGUCUUAACGGGCACUAUGGUUUGGGAGUAAACCCCCAAACAUCAAAGUCCUUCAUCAUCAUCCUAGCCGCCAGUGAAAGGGUCAAAACCAAAACCUCCAUGUCAUGAAUGUCUCUGGGCCGAUGUGGUCAAGCCCGACCCACUCCUCUGGUUCGGUUUGGUCCUGUAGUGCUUCUCUCUCUCUCUCUAUUUUUUUGGUUCCGCUGAACGUGACACUUGUGUUGUAUGAAGGUGAGGGGGACAGUUCAUCUUCGCAUUCCAGAGGUCGUUCUUAAAACUGUGAAAUGAUCUGGACUUAACUACCUAUUGUUAUUUAAUGUUCUUUAAUUUUUUUUACAAGCUGUACAUAUUGAUUCUGUAACACAAGCAUUCCAAUCCUUAUUAUUCCUACCCUCCCCUCCAUCUGAAAUAAAGUGCUUUUAAAGA